AUGGCUAACCUCCGCACCAAACUGAGAGGCCUUGGAUGUACAGAGGUGACCAUAAACUCCAUCAAAAACAAGUCUGGUGACAACCGUCAGGCAGCCUUCAAUAUUGACAAGGAGUUUCUGCGAAUCACCACAAAGCCUCUGCUAUCUACUUUCUUUGCCGAGCUUGACCAAAACGCGCCACGCUUAAUGGAAAUCUUUCUGAGCAAAGGAGGGAGACCUGGAAAGAAAAUAAGAGGUCUCAUACUUGCCAUCUCCAAGCAUGACAACAUCCAUACCAGACGAGAAUGCAUCUUGAAGUCCUUGUGCAUCUACCUAAACGAAGACUAUGAGAAGUUAAUAAAGGAGUACUUGGAUACGGACAGCGAGGCAAAAAGCUGCAUGGAGCAAACUGUGAUGGGGGUGUACAUCAUCCAGAAGGAGGGUGCUGAACCUGAAGAUGACCCAGAGGACAUUGGUGUCCUGAUUGAGGGUGUGGAGGCUCUCACUGAUUUGGGUAACAUUGCACAAGCAUGUGCUCUGUUGUUUGGACUCAUAUACUGUUUGAACCUGAGCUACCCACCAGAACUUAAAUGCACCUUUGAAGUCCUCCAGAAGAUACUUUUAAAUCUUGAUGGACAAAAGCUCUCUUCAAAGGCACAGUUUCUGAAAAACAAGCUUAUGGGCCCUGCGACAGACUGGCGACCUGUCCAGGGCGUACCCCGCCUUCGCCCUAUGACAGCUGGGAUAGGCUCCAGCGCCCCCCGCGACCCUGAAAAGGAUAAGCGGAAGUGA